UACAUUUCCUCAGAAGGCAGCUCCUUGGUGCUUUGAAGAACAUUCUGAAGAUUAUUUAGGAGACAAUAUAUCAAGAAUCUAUUUAUUGAGUUCAUCUAGAACAAAAGCCAACAGCUACCUAAUGUAACCACAUUAGAGUUUGUUUUGAGGCAGAAAUUUAUAGUUUCUUUCUUUUUUCUUUUUUGUAGAUAGCUUAGUCCAAGAAAUCCAUUUUGGAAGAUGUCAUUGAACAACUCUUCCAAUGUAUUUCUGGAUUCAGUGCCCAGUAAUACCAAUCGCUUUCAAGUCAAUGUCAUAAAUGAGAACCAUGAAAACASUGCAACUGUGAAUGACAACAGGGACCCGCCACAUUAUGAAGAAACCUCUUUUGGGGAUGAAGCCCAGAACAGAUUGAGAAUCAGCUUUAGGCCUGGGAAUCAGGAGUGUUAUGACAAUUUCCUCCAAAAUGGAGAAACUGCUAAGACAGAUGCCAGUUUUCAUGUCUACGAUUCUCACACAAACACAUACUACUUGCAAACCUUUGGCCAUAACACCAUGGAUGCUGUUCCCAAGAUAGAAUACUACCGCAACACUGGCAGCGUCAGUGGGCCCAAGGUCAACCGACCCAGCCUGCUUGAGAUUCACGAGCAACUGGCAAAGAAUGUGACAGUGGCCCCAGGUUCAGYUGACAGGGUUGCUAAUGGCGAUGGGAUGCCUGGAGAUGAACAAGCAGAAAACAAGGAGGAAGAAGAUACAACUGGUGUCGUGAAGUUUGGAUGGGUGAAAGGUGUGCUGGUAAGAUGCAUGCUGAAUAUCUGGGGAGUCAUGCUCUUCAUUCGCCUCUCCUGGAUUGUUGGAGAAGCUGGAAUUGGUCUUGGAGUCGUCAUCAUUGGCCUGAGUGUGGUAGUGACAACACUCACAGGUAUUUCUAUGUCUGCUAUUUGCACAAAUGGAGUAGUACGAGGAGGUGGAGCCUACUACCUUAUUUCCAGGAGCUUAGGGCCUGAGUUUGGUGGGUCAAUAGGCUUGAUCUUUGCUUUUGCCAAUGCAGUGGCUGUUGCUAUGUAUGUGGUGGGAUUUGCUGAAACUGUGGUAGAUCUUCUUAAGGAAAGUGAUUCAAUGAUGGUGGAUCCAACCAAUGACAUCCGGAUAAUAGGCUCCAUCACAGUAGUGAUUCUCCUAGGAAUUUCAGUAGCUGGAAUGGAAUGGGAAGCAAAGGCUCAAGUGAUUCUUCUGAUUAUUCUUCUCAUUGCAAUUGCAAACUUCUUCAUUGGGACUGUCAUUCCAUCCAACAAUGAGAAGAAAUCCAGAGGCUUCUUCAAUUACCAAGCAUCAAUAUUUGCAGAAAACUUUGGACCAAGCUUCACAAAAGGAGAAGGCUUCUUCUCUGUCUUUGCUAUUUUUUUCCCAGCAGCUACUGGGAUUCUUGCUGGUGCCAAUAUUUCGGGAGAUUUGGAGGACCCCCAAGAUGCCAUCCCUAGGGGAACCAUGCUGGCCAUUUUCAUCACCACGGUUGCCUACAUAGGGGUUGCUAUUUGUGUAGCAGCCUGUGUGGUCCGAGAUGCCACUGGAAGCAUGAAUGACACCAUCAUUUCUGGGGUGAACUGCAACGGGUCAGCAGCCUGUGGGUUGGGCUAUGAUUUCUCAAGAUGUCGCCAUGAACCAUGUCAAUAUGGGCUGAUGAACAAUUUCCAGGUCAUGAGCAUGGUAUCAGGGUUUGGCCCCCUCAUCACUGCUGGAAUCUUUUCGGCUACACUCUCCUCUGCCCUGGCCUCCCUCGUCAGUGCACCCAAAGUGUUCCAGGCUCUGUGCAAGGACAACAUCUUCAAAGGCCUGCAGUUCUUUGCAAAGGGAUAUGGGAAAAACAAUGAGCCCCUGAGAGGAUAUUUUCUCACUUUUCUGAUAGCCAUGGCGUUUAUUCUUAUUGCGGAACUGAACACCAUUGCUCCCAUCAUCUCCAACUUUUUCCUGGCCUCAUAUGCACUUAUUAACUUCUCCUGCUUCCAUGCUUCUUAUGCUAAAUCUCCAGGAUGGAGACCUGCAUAUGGGAUUUACAACAUGUGGGUGUCUCUUUUUGGAGCUGUGUUGUGUUGUGCGGUCAUGUUUGUCAUCAACUGGUGGGCAGCUGUUAUCACCUAUGUCAUUGAGUUAUUCCUCUAUAUCUAUGUGACUUAUAAGAAGCCAGAUGUGAACUGGGGCUCCUCCACACAGGCUCUUUCCUAUGUGAGUGCUUUGGACAAUGCUCUGGAAUUAACCACAGUGGAAGACCACGUGAAAAAUUUCAGGCCCCAGUGUAUUGUUCUAACAGGGGGACCCAUGACAAGACCUGCUCUCUUGGACAUAACUCACGCCUUUACCAAGAACAGUGGACUUUGCAUCUGCUGUGAAGUCUUUGUGGGACCGCGCAAGCUGUGUGUUAAGGAGAUGAACAGUGGCAUGGCUAAAAAACAGGCCUGGCUUAUAAAGAACAAAAUCAAGGCUUUCUAUGCCGCAGUGGCAGCAAACUGCUUCAGAGAUGGUGUCCGAAGUCUCCUUCAGGCCUCAGGCUUAGGAAGAAUGAAGCCAAACACUCUGGUGAUUGGAUAUAAAAAAAACUGGAGGAAAGCUCCCUUGGCAGAGAUUGAGAACUACGUGGGAAUCAUACAUGAUGCGUUUGACUUUGAGAUUGGUGUGGUCAUAGUCAGAAUCAGCCAAGGGUUUGACAUCUCUCAGGUUCUUCAGGUGCAAGAUGAAUUAGAGAAGUUGGAACAGGAGAGGCUGGCACUGGAGGCCACUAUCAAAGACAAUGAGUGUGAAGAAGGAAGUGGGGGUAUCCGAGGCUUGUUUAAAAAAGCUGGCAAGUUGAACAUUACUAAGCCAACCCCUAAAAAAGACAGCAGCAUUAACACAAUCCAGUCGAUGCAUGUGGGGGAGUUCAACCAGAAACUGGUGGAAGCCAGCAGUCAAUUUAAAAAGAAACAAGGGAAAGGCACAAUGGACGUCUGGUGGUUGUUUGAUGAUGGAGGGUUAACACUUCUUAUCCCCUACAUCUUGACUCUCCGAAAAAAAUGGAAAGACUGUAAAUUAAGAAUCUACGUUGGAGGGAAGAUCAAUCGCAUUGAGGAAGAAAAAAUUGCAAUGGCUUCUCUUCUGAGCAAAUUUAGGAUAAAAUUUGCAGACAUCCAUAUCAUUGGUGACAUCAACAUUAAGCCAAACAAAGAGAGCUGGAAAGUCUUUGAAGAGAUGAUUGAACCAUAUCGUCUCCAUGAAAGCUGCAAAGAUUUAACAACUGCUGAGAAAUUAAAAAGAGAAACUCCAUGGAAAAUUACAGAUGCAGAACUGGAUGCCGUCAAGGAAAAGAGUUACCGCCAAGUUCGACUGAAUGAACUUUUACAGGAGCACUCAAGAGCUGCCAACCUCAUUGUCCUGAGCCUUCCAGUGGCAAGAAAAGGAUCUGUAUCGGAUUUGUUGUAUAUGGCUUGGUUGGAAAUACUCACAAAGAAUCUCCCUCCUGUCUUACUGGUUAGAGGAAAUCACAAAAAUGUUCUGACAUUUUACUCUUAAAACAUGAAAGAUAAGGAUACAUUUUAAAUUAAUGUAUGAAUAAUUAAGAGACCUGUUUCUAUACUUUCUGUUAUAAAAUCUGAUCUAUGGAUAAACAAACCUCUGGAGACUAGCCUACCAAAUUUUACAUAAAUUUUGUCUUUUUCUUUUCAUUAUUAGUUAAUGAGAGCUUCCUCCACCCCAUAAGCCAAUGCUACUCCUAGAAAAACAUUUUUGUCAUUGCUGUUGAUGAACAAGAAAUUAAUCAAAUCCAUGCUGCCUUAUGUUCAUGAAAACUACCAAUUUGGUUGUAAGCUCCUCUAGGCAAACUUAAUCUUUUGUUUCUAAUGGUGUUUGCUACUAGGCCCUGGUACAGGCCUCAGCUCCACAGCAGGUUCUCCAUAAAUGCUUAUUGACAGGCUGGUACAGUGGCCAUGGGUGGUUAUCAGAGAAAAAGACCAACUGGGUAGGAGGCGUGAUUAUGCUUGGCCUCCUGAGAGGCUUAUGCCUACAAAGAAGAUUUAAAAAUCAAUAACUGGAAACUUUAAGAAGUACUUGAGUCUAAAAAUGUUUAAAGUAGUUACCUAAAUAAGGUUAUUUAAUGUAACAGAUAAUAUACUUAGAGUUAUCUGAGUGAUCAUUGAUAACAUACGGCUUGAAAUUGCUGCUGACUCAAGUGUAUUAACUAGAUUAGAAACAUAUAUUCCAAUUAAAUGAAAUAUAUUCUAUUUUAACAUAUAAACAUUAAUUAUCCUCCCUGCUAAACAUUUUGAAAUUUCCAUAAUGAUAUUACUUUGCAUAUUUUCUUCUAAUUAAGUGGUUAGUUAGUACAGAUGAAAUCUAUAGAUGUCUAACUGAAAACURAGUACCACAAAUUUUCAAACCACUAUUAACAAAUAUAUUCAGAAUUAUAUAUUUAGUUGCUUUCUAUAGUGAUUAUAUGGACUUAAAGGAAUAAUUAAAAUGUGAGUGGAGAAACUUGCAUUAUUUGGAGUGUACGAUUAUUGAUUUUUUUCAUUUUUAUUAGUAUAUCUACAGUAUUUAAUCACAUUGGCAAACCAAUAAAAAUUGUUUUUCUGAUGAAUGGUUUGGGUUUUUUCCUGACAUAUUUUGACUGUUCUGAGAAAACAUAUGGGGAAAAUGAACCUGAAAUAAAAGCAGCAUAAUUCA